AUGUCAUCUCCAAUCCGAAAAGUUGCAGUUAUUGGCGCGACGGGUAAAUUGGGCUCUGUCAUAGCCAAGACCCUGCUUGAGUCUGGCUUCGAGGUUACUGCCAUACAGCGGGCCGAGUCUGAGAAGACGGCGCCGGCGGGAUGCAAGUCCGUUAAGCUCGAUAUGAAUGACUUUAACGCUCUGGCCUCCGGAUUAAAAGGUCACGAUGCAGUGAUCUCGGCAGCGCCGGACCCCAUCGUCUUCGAGGAACAGAAAAUAUGGAUCGAUGCUGCCAUCGCCGCCCGCGUCAAGCGCAUCUUCCCCUCCGAGUUCAGCACCAACCUCGAAUCGCCCCUUGCCGAGGGCCUCCCCAUCGUCACCGGAAAGGUCCGGACGCGCCGAUACCUCGUGGAGCAGGUCCCCAAGUCCGGAGGUAACUUGAGCUGGACAAGCGUUAACAAUGGGCCGUUUCUCGAACUCGUAUUGGGCUUCGGCGGCUUAGGCCCGGACUUCCGGACCCAUACGGCAAGAUAUCACAACGGCGGAGAUAACCUGAUCGGGACAACCAGGCUUGUCGACAUUGCCGAGACGAUUGCCAAGAUUCUUCGCGACGAGAAUGGAUUGUACACCGAGGCGGGGAACAAGUCCGUGUACAUCCACUCGGCAGCCGUCACCGAGAAGCAGAUGACCGAAUUCGCCGAGAAGGUGACGGGCCUGAGCUUUGCGGUGGAAUAUUACAACGUGGAGGAGCUCUACCAGGACGCAAAAGCUAAGCUGGCCAACGGCGACACGUCAGCCAUGAUCCAGUUCUACCACCAGAUGAUGUACGGCAAGGGGUAUGGGGGAAGCGAGAGCUUUCAAGAGAUGAGCUGGAACGAGAAGGUCGGCCUGACGACUUUGACUGAAACAGAGUUGGAAAACGUGGUGAGAGACGUUGCCCAAAAGGAUGGGACAAAGUAA